UCUUAAUUUUUUUUGUAAAGAGAGAACAAACAAUAUAUGCUCUUUUGAUGAAAGGUUGUCGGAAUUCCUUCAAGGGGUAGCAACAAUUUUUAUAAUGGCCCGUCAGUCCUCCUCUUACGCAAUUCUCUGCGCUUCCUUCAAUCAAGACAACAGUGGUUUUGCAAUAAGCACUAAGGAUGGUUUCAAAAUAUUCGAUUCCAACACCGGAAGACUCUGCUACGAACGAGCUGUUGGAGCUUUCAUUAUUGUUGAGAUGCUGUAUAGUUCUAGUCUUCUCGCCAUUGUUGGAGCUGGUGAACAGCCAUCGUUAUCUCCACGCCGUCUUUGUUUGUUCAAUACUACAACCGGUGCUCCUCUCCGAGAAAUGACUUUCCUAACUUCAAUUCUUGCUGUUCGCUUAAAUAGGAAAAGACUUGUUGUGGUUUUGCAAGAAAAAACCUACAUAUAUGACUCAAACAGUCUUGCAAUAUUGGAUACUGUUGACACUGUGCCAAAUUUAAAGGGACUUUGUGCAUUUUCCCCUAGUUUGGAUGGUUGCUUCUUGGCUCUUCCUGCCAGUACGAUCAAAGGAUCUGUAUUAGUGUACAAUGUCAUGGAGCUCCAGUCACAUUGUGAGAUUGAUGCGCACCGGUCUCCUUUGGCCGCAAUUACUCUAUCUUCCAAUGGGACAUACAUUGCAACAGCAUCUGAACAGGGGACGAUAAUCAGAGUUCAUCUGGUUUCAGAAGCAACUCAGUCAUAUAGUUUCCGGAGGGGAACAUACCCAUCGACUAUAUUUUCAUUGUCAUUUGCACCAUCAUUGCAACUUCCAGAUAUCCUUGCAGCCAUGAGUUCUUCUGGUUCUGUUCACAUUUUCUCUCUGGGGUUUGCUACAAAUCAGAGUAGGUGCCAAAGAUCAAGUAGUUUUCUUGGAUCAAUAUUACCUGAUUCUGUGAAUGAUGCACUAGAUCCAGCUGACCAUCAUGUGCUUCACACUGCUGUUUCUGCAGGAGUCAGAAGCUAUGCAGUGGUUCGCAAGGUAGACAAGAUUCCUGAUUCAUCCUCAUCCGAAUUUUCAUCUUGUAGGGCCGUUGUAUCCUUAAUAACAUACAACGGGUACUUUCAGGAAUAUACCUUCAGUAUCAACAACAAGAACGAGUCUUCAUGGAGCCUGGAUCGCGAAUUCAACCUUCUGACAUUCAUUUCAGAUAGUGCAAAAAGCUCAUGACUGAAAGUGUUGCAACAUGGGGCCUCUAAUCUCUAAACCUUGUUCUAGUUCUACGGUUGCUGAUGCAGUUGAACAAUGAAUGGAGAUGUAAUCACGUAGUGCUUACCUUGAGCAGUGUUAAAUUAUUUUGCUGGACCUGAAGAAGUUGAAGGACUAUUGUAUAUAUAACAAGUCAACGCCUCCAUUUUAUUGUUCAGCAUGCCACUCCAGGAAUAUAAAUGUGAGGGUUGGCAUAAUCAUAAUAACUCACAGCCGAGUUGUAUAAUCAAAUUGAAAAUUAUAGACUCCUAUUAACUUUUAAUGUUUAA